UGAAACUAUACACCAGCACACACCUCUCCUUGUUUUUAAGCCUCACAGUCUACUCUUUAGGUCUCCAAGUCUUAUUACAGCAGGAUUUGUUUUACUUUCUUCUCAGCGGCUACUGUAUUACCUUUGAUCAUAUCUUCUAGGAUCUGCCAGGCCCCCACAGGUGGACUAUGCCUCCUUCAGAAACCUGACAGAGGGGGCUUCUAUGCUGCUCAGUGCCCAUCUGGAAAGGGCUUGAGCUGAAACCUCAGAAGAGUCUAUUGGGUUAUUGCUGAAAAUGAGUUCAUCUGCUUCACCUGCGCCCAUCACUACAGUUCCUUCAAACACAACGUCUGUGACUAAGUCUAGAGAACAAAUACUUAUCCAGAGCUCUGGGGCUAUGAUUGCUGUCAUUGUCAUAGGCAUCAUUAUAAUUCUUGCCGUUGUUCUCAUCAUUCUGAAGACAUAUAACAGGCGAACACAUGAGUCAAGACUUCUAGGAGGCAGGUCGGGCUCCAAACCCCGUCCAAAGUUAUCCCAGUCCACAGUUAAUGGCAGCGUGCCUCUCAGCACCAUAUCAGGCAGCAUCAACAACUCCAACCCGGCUUCAGAAAAUGGCUUCCAGCUGCCCAGAGCGGAGCUCAGCAGUGUGGAGGGAAACAACAUAGACCAGUUCAGCACCACCAGCGACUACAGCGAAUCCACUGUGGUCACCAUACAUGACGCACCCUCUCCAUUCAACACAUAGCACACAGACUGCAGUUCAGGCUGAAAGCAGACACUGACUGAUGCUUUAUCUCCAGACCAGACCGCAAUCUGUGCUGACUGAAACCUGUGGGAAUCUAUGAUCUCUCUCUGUCAGUGUGGACCCGCUGAGCUGCUGCAGGUGACUGAAUCAUGAACAAAAUGGUGUCACAUUCAAGAGCCUUGGAUUAUGAAGGAUACAGCAUAAAGACAAUCUGAUGAUUGGAAAAAAAAUGUUUUGAUGUUUGAGUUCUCACCUUUUAUUUGAGAAACCAUACUUAAAUAAAGCAGUGAAAUAUAAUGGCUGCCAUGACAGACAAUGUUUGGUGUGAAGGAUUUAGUUCUUUAAACUCUACUUUUGGAUCCAUGAUCCUAUCCAGUGUCAGUAGCCCCACUUUUGUUUGGAAAAAGUUUAUUUAAAGACAUCUUCAUCAUCAAAUGGGGCAGUCUAUGAGAAGUUUUAAAUUCAAUAACUGAAAUAUAAAUAUGCUAGAUGACAGUUUAUUGUGCAACAUUUAGCAGUAUAACUGAUUGUGUUAAACCGGAUUUAUUACCCAUAAUUCUGUCUUAGUGUUUUCCUCACAGAUUAGUUUAGGUUUUAUUUUGUUUAGCAUCUGUCAGUAAAACCCGUUGAUGUGAAUUCUGAAAGAAAUUGAAACGAAAGUAUUUUGCACUUUAUAUCAUUGUUCCUUGUCUCUUAGGGUGUUUUUUUUAUUGUAUCUGUUUGUCUUUCUUUGUGACUUAUGAUUAUAAUAAAAUUACAAUAUUUUAUGUUUGAA